CGAUUGAAGAACCCAGAAGAUAUGCAGAUGGAAAGAAAAGUUAGCGAAAAAGCAGUGGAGAGCAUUACCCAAAGGCUUUCAGCUCUCGAUAAUCUCUACUUCCCACGCGCCCUUCAAUCUUCCGCCACCGAUCCCUCCAAUCGCAAAUCCAUCCUCCACGACCUCCUUUCACGCGACGUCCCCGUCUUCUUAGAAAGAUAUGGGUCUCAGCUGACUAUUGACGAACUCCACGAAUUCGAUGCACUUAACGAUGACUAUGAAGUUAAUUGGCACUUAAAACAUCUUAGGAGCAAGAUGAGCCCAACUUCAGAGGAACUGAAAUCAAGGUCGGUGACUGUCAAGAAUCGAAGGCGGGCUUACUUGAACAAAUUGGUGUUUGAUGGGCAGUAUUUCUCGGAGGAUGCGAUGAGGGAAAGGGAACCUUAUUUGCAUCAUGAAUAUUUAGGGAGGUUUCAGGAUUUACGUGAGAGAAGCAUGGCCAGGCCUGGGGAACGCUGGUCUGAGACUCUGAUGAGGAGGUGCGAAGAAGCUAGGUUGGUUGCUAAGAUUAGAGAGGAGCAGCAGAGGCUUGGUGUGGCUCAAAAAGAUUGGGUUGGCAAUGAGAACAUUCUUCGACAACAACAGGAGGAGGAAGAGGAGGAGGAAGAAGAAGAAGAAGAAGAGGAGGAGAUAAUAGAGAAGAUGUACCGAGGGCAGAGAGGGAUUGGUGUGUCCAAGGGAGAGUUGGGGGCGGUGGAUCGGAAGCGGAUCAACGAUGCGCUCGAUAAGCAGCUGGAACGAUCUUCGCCGUCCACUUCGAGAGUGAUCAACGGAAAGGAGAAGUCCGUGCAUUACCUCCUUACGGGGAAGCAUCCAUCUGAUCAUCAUCUCGACUCUCGCCCUGUUUCUCUGCCCAAAGCAGACGCCGAAGAUGAAUCUGAAACAGACAACGAGGAAUCGGAUGUUAGUGGUUCUGAUGGGGAUGGCACAUCUUGGAUCUCAUGGUUUUGCAACCUACGUGGAAAUGAAUUCUUUUGCGAAGUUGAUGAUGACUACAUACAAGAUGACUUUAACCUUUGUGGACUAAGCAGCCAAGUUCCUUAUUACGAUUAUGCACUUGAUUUGAUUUUGGAUGUUGAAUCUUCUCAUGGAGAUAUGUUUACAGAGGAGCAAAAUGAAUUAGUUGAAUCUGCAGCUGAGAUGCUUUACGGUCUGAUUCAUGCCAGAUACAUAUUGACAAGCAAAGGAAUGGCUGCUAUGCUAGAUAAGUACAAGAACUAUGAUUUUGGAAGAUGCCCCAGAGUUUACUGCUGUGGACAACCUUGUCUUCCAGCUGGUCAGUCAGAUAUCCCUCGUUCAAGCACCGUUAAAAUAUACUGCCCUAGAUGUGAAGAUAUCUACUACCCUCGUUCCAAGUAUCAAGGCAACAUAGACGGAGCCUAUUUUGGGACCACAUUUCCACCUCUGUUUCUGAUGACAUAUGGGCACCUGAAGCAACAGAAGGCAACACAAAGCUACGUUCCAAGAGUAUUUGGGUUCAAGAUCCACAAGCCAUAAUACCGGACCGAGUUAAAGCCUCCCUUAUGGGCAAAUACUCAUAGUUUGGAAGUAAUGGUAUUGAAAGAUGAGGCAUAGUUUGACAAUCCUCCCCAAGUAAUCAUGU